AUGUGAGGGUUAAGCCCUUCUUAACCCAGUGGACUGGGUCAGAGAGGAGGGGCUGGAGCUAGUCUGGGUCCCAAGGAUUUUAACCUUCCCCCCCUGCUGAGUGCUGGUCCUGCUGACCUUCUUGGCCCCCCACCCCAGGCCAGUGGGGUUUUUAAACUGCAUUCAGAGGAACCCCUUUGUGCCAGGUCCCUGGGGGGCUAGUUUUAAUCCUGAAGGGUUUGCCCUCAAGGGAGGGCAAUAGGGCAGGGAAGAGAAAUUGUCUGAUUCUGCCUCAAAACUUUCCUCACCCCCAAGUAAGCUGCCUAAAGGCCCAGCGUGGAAACAGCUGAGUGAAAGCAGGAGAGCCCUGGGACCCUGCCCUUUCUAGGGAGAAAGCACCUGCCUUUGGGGAGGGGAAGAAGAAUGCUUCCCCCUUCUCUGUGGCUUCCAUAGCACCAGCCCUCUAGAGCUCCCUGCCCACCCCUGUAACCACAGCCUGCUACCCACCCCUUAGCCAUGUUUGGAGGGGGCCCUUUCUGCUCCCUUUGGAGCUUGUUCCUCUUGGCUGCACUGCUCCCCCUAGAGCUGAGUAUGGGGGAGGAAGAGAAGGAGCCAGCUACCCUAAGUGCCCUGGCUGGGGUGUCCUCCUUGCCCCUCAUCCAGAUGCUGCUAGAGCAGGUCCCCAGUGUCUGGCCCUGCUGCCGCCGGAAGCAGCUGGCCAGCGGGCAGCCGCUGCGUUACAUGCUCAACCUGUACCAGAAUGUGGCAGACCGAUCUGGAAGACCCCGCCAGAACCGUAAGCUGGGCACCAAUGCUGUGCGCCUGGUCAGGCCCUUUACCAAGAUGAGGCAGCCUGGGGCAGGUCCCUGGUACAUGCAGACUCUCGACUACCACCUGAAUGUCCAGCCAGGAAGUGAACAUCUGGUGAGAGCCACUGUGGUUUAUUCUAAGACUCUGCUAGUGGCUCAUGGCCAGCUCUCUUGUGUGGUUCAGCUGGCUGGGGAGGCUGGGGUUCCAAAGCUCUCACCUCCUCAAAGAGGCAAGAGGAAUGCCCUUGUCUCCUCUAGGAUGGACAGCUGGGAGGAGAGGGACAUCACUUCCCACUCUUUGCCAUGGGCCUGGGACUCCAAGAAGAGCCAGCUGCUCCGCCUUAGUCACGUGUGUAUCUGGUUGGGACCAGCUGAUGGCUCAGAGCCUGAAGUUGGCUGGGAGGAGACUGCUUCUAUGAAUGACCCUUUCCUGUUGCUCUACCUCAAUGACACUCGGAAAGGCCUCCGGGCCAAGACAGGGAAAGCUGGCUUGAAGGAGACUCCUGAUGGGCCAGUGCUGAGUCGCAAAGCUCGCCAGGCAGGCAACCUCAUCCUGGAUCUCCCCAGCUACUCGCAGAAGACCAGCGCUGAGAAGGAUGAGUGUGCUCUCCAUUCCUUCCGGGUCAGCUUCAACCAGCUGGGCUGGGACCACUGGAUCAUCGCCCCCCACCGGUACAACCCCAAGUACUGCAAGGGCACAUGCCCCCGCAUCCUGCGUUAUGGCUACAACUCCCCCAACCAUGCCAUCGUGCAGAACUUCAUCAACCAGCUGGUGGACCAGAGUGUCCCCCGACCCUCCUGUGUGCCCUACAAGUACAGCCCCAUCAGUGUGCUGAUGAUUGAGCAAAGUGGCAGCAUCCUCUAUAAAGAGUAUGAAGACAUGAUAGCAGAGUCCUGCACCUGUAGAUAAAGCCCUCCCCACUGGAACCAUUCACCAUGUCUAACAACCAUCUGAGCUUGCAUGAAGACAUGGUGAUUCUUCACUUGGCCUCCCCACUCCAACUCAGUCUAUGGUGAACCAGAUGCCCAGCUGUCUGAAGUAGUUUGCUUAAUGUGCAUUUAAUUUUUUGCAUUUUUGACAGCCCCCUCUACACACACACACACAAAAGGAUCUGGGUUUUUAAGAAAGUUUGUCCAAUUUUUUUUUUUUGGCUUGGUCCUCCGCCUCCAUUGCACAAUGGACACUGGGCUCUGCUGGGAUGUUUUACAAAUGGAUUUUUAUGCAAAUGUUGUGGAAUAGCAGUUUUUAAAGGGAAGAGUUUGCUGGGCCUUGUAUUAAAGGACUGCCACUUUGUAUCUUCUCUUCAGGGCACUCCUCUUCCUGCUAGGGAGCUUUACGGGACUGGAUGGAAGCAUGACUAGUCAAAUGGCUCAGUCAUUGGCAGGGCGGUGAGAUGGACUGACAUCUAGAGAAUAUACUAACUGUCAUGCCAUCUGGGUUUUGUCUGAUGCUCUCUGAGCUUCCUCUUGUAUGAAGAGACUGUUCCAUCUGUGUUCGAGAACAGUUGCGUGGAAAGGUGGGAACUGGGCAUGGCUCCAAUGUACCAAGGGGCCAUGGAGAAGGUGGCAAUGUGCUCCUCAGAACUCUCUAGAGGAAUAGUAGCUAGGCUGGAGUUGUAGGUGAGAUGCCUGGAGCUUGGGCCUCUUCUACUGAAGAUUUUUGGGGCAGGGAAGCUAAAUCUUCUGCAGGCAAAUGGAACCUAAAAUGAGUCUGGAGCAGGGAGCGAUGAUGCCAAUUGGUUCUAAUACUCAAAGGCUUCCCCCUAUGGGUCAAUGUCUCCCUCUCACCAGUGCUGGCUUGUUGGUUUCUGUGUGGGUCCUUCACUUUAAGGGCUUCCAUAUACUUAAUUUGAGUUUAGGCUGGUACUGUCCUGUGACUUCUGUAUCUGCUGUCUCUCUGUCCAGCUCUGGCAUUGGCCACUAAUCCCAGUAGAUCACAUGUACACUUGACCUGUCCAAAUAAAUACCUUUGUAGUCUGCAUCAGUAGCUUGUUGGGCUAUGUGAGCUAGGGGCUGGCCAGAGGGCUCUAGAGACAAUGCAUGGUGAGGGGGGAGCACAGGAUCUGGAGAGUCACUUUCUCAAAGCCCUGGGUCUUUCUGGGCCAUGGCUUCAGUGGAGAGGGAAGGGCAGUUUUUAAAAGUCCUUCUCUAGGAACUGAAAAGAACAUACUUCAAGUGAAGCACUAAACUUUUUUUUAAUCUUAAAAAGGCAACCCCUUGCAGGGCCCGAUGGCGUUGAGAUGCAACUCAUCUCCUAGCACUAGGGCCCAGUCACGCAAGGCCUCCAGCAAGUUCCAGCUAAUCCCCUCCAGCUGUGAACUCUAGUAAAUUGCCCACCUUUACUAGACACUUGUGUUUUAGACUCUCUUGGAACUACCUGAAACCCAUCACUCCCCCAGAUCAACUUGGAUGAGAUUUUAGUCUUUAAUGCAACCUUUUUUCUUUUCUUUCCCUUUGGUUCAAAGCACCUUAGAAGCAGAGUCCAGAGACCUUUCUCCUAGUCUUUCCUCUUUACCUUUUGCUGCACCAACCUGACCCAGUUCCACUGAACCCUGGUUACAAUGUUGCUUGGCUUUCAUUGCUUUCCUUUCUGUGAAUGGAUUGUAGCCUGCCAUAAUCUAAUGAAUUCCUGUUACAGCCUGGAUCUUUUCUAUUUAUUAUAUGCUGUAUUUAAGUGUUAUGUAAAUAAAUUGGUUUGUUUUGCUAAAGAGAAUCCUAGCCUUUUCUUGGGCGGGAGGGACCUGUCCUCUACUGGCAGGUCUUUCUAACCACCCCUAAUGUGCCAGAUUUCCACUGGGCAAGGAGUGGGUUAAGAAUCCAAGUCUGGGGGCAGACAACUUCAGGCAAGCAAGGGCUCUAUCUUGAUUCUGUUAAAUAGACCCCAUCUUGCUAUGCAGCUCCCACAGGCUGAGUCCAGGCCCCUGUCUAGUUUUCCCCUUUCAGCAUGUUCCAGGGCUGGUGACUGCUUCACUGGCAGAGGGUCUGCUGAACUUCAUGUUUCUGGAAGUGGAAGGUGAUUUGGGUGGCAUUGUUCUUUCAUCUCCCUGGAGGUCAUGUGGACUCUUGGCCACUGUCUCAAGGCCAUGCCAUGGGAUGCUAUGGCAAAGAUCCCUACAACACAGCCCCUCUGCAAGUGAGGGGAUUUACUUCUGGGAUAGCUAGGAAGGCCUGGCAGCUAGCGCAGAGAGGCGCAGUGACAUACGCAGCAGCUGGAGCAGUGGGGUGCCCUUCUUGGGCAGUGCCCAGGAAACAAUGGUAGCUACCCACAGACUGAUGCACAAGCUUCAAAGCUCAGAUCCAAAGCUGGGCUAUGCCAAAGGACAAUCUGAAUCAAUGGCAGUGCUGAGGGCAAGAUGGUGGCUCUGAACCGGCCCACCACCUUUCCCCAGCAGGGUGCAGGGGGGGGGGGGGGUCUCCUCAACUGUGAAAAGAGCCAGGAGAUGGACAAUUGCAGAGCUAACCUGUGAGUCUGAGUGAGGUGACAUGGUUUGCUAAGAAGGACUCAGAUUCCUUCUUACCUCACAUGCCCAGGAUGAUCUCUAGUGCUAGCCCUUGUCCACCUCGGCGACACUGCAGAAGAGGCUAAACAGUGUGCAAUGUAAAGUGGUGCUUGGCCCUGAGCUGCCAGCCUUGGAGCCUGCAGUUGUCUGUCACUCCGAGCAGAGGCAGCAGCGAAGCAUCCCUGCGCCCCACUCUGUGUGUGGCAGGCUUUCCCUGCAGCUGUGAGCAGAGUUCAGUCUCCAGGGCCUGCUCUGGCCUGGGACCCUCUGAGCUGCAUUAAAUGCCCCAGCCAGUGUGGGAGGAGACUGGCUGCUUGACUAGAUGUGGCAAUACCUGGGCUGAGGCUGAAAGGGGAGUUGCUGCUCAGGAGGCCACGGCCAUGGCCCCAGCCUCUAGCUGCAGGUGGGGGGUAGUUGGCUUGCACAGGGCUGCCCCUCCCCAGGUGGAAGUUUAGUACCCGUGGAUCAAUGGGUUUUCAUAACCCAGAGGUUGUGUGUAAAGUCAUCCCAGAUUUCCCAGGGGUGUGUCUGGUUUUAGGCAGCUAUUGAAUGAAUCAUUUAAUUUUAGAAGAUAUUUAACAAAUCCAUAUUAAUGCAGAGGUGUGUUGCUGAGCUCUAGUUUGUCAGGCUGGCAUGGGUCCUGGCUGGCAGUGCUCAGUCAGGGGACUUUGGGGCAGCAAAAUUGAUCAGCAGGGCAGUGCAGCUGUACAGCUGGCCAAAGGAGUGUCACAAAUACCAGCUCUGCUUCAGGGAAUCUUGUGUGCUAAAGUGUGUGUAUGGGAAGAGAGGGGGAUCUUUUUGAACAGCACAUUCUUCCCUUUCCCACUGGCCAAGCUGGUGACUUUGGGGAAACCCCCUGACACUAGCACCCAGAUCCUCAAAGAUAUUUAGGCUCCUAACUUCAAUGAACCUGACCCUAGUGUCCCCCAGAGUCUGUGGUGGAGGGGGUGUCAUGUCUCUCCUCCCCUUUGCCAUGUGGUCUUAGAGGGAAAACUUCAGAGGAGCCAGUCAGAGGCUCAACAGCAAACAGAGGCACAGCCAGUGCAGGGAGCUGGGGGCAUGCACUCAAAAGCAGCAAGGUCCGAUUGCUUCUGCCCUGUGCUGAUCUGCUGUCUGCUCCAUGUUCCCCCUCAGUUCCUUCACCUUAGCCUCAUUCUACCCCUGCCCAUCCCUUUUCUCUUCUUUCUAUGUAGCUUAUCCCUACC